AGAGAUCUGGGAGGCUCAUUCCAGCUUAUAGCUUUCCUGUGUUAACUCAGAUACUUUGUGAUUCUGCGAGUCCAUAUCUGGAGUGAGAAGCUGCUUCCCAGUGAGAUGAAAUGAGAUUCCAGGAAACAGGUCCUCCUUUCCCUCUUUGUCAGGAAAGGCAUUCUCCCAAAAGUUCCAGGCGGAACAAGGACUAGAAGAAUGUAAUGGAGCGUGCAUCUGGCAGCAUGGCAUUAUUCCUAUGGUGUGCAGUGUGCCCACUAUGCAGAGAAUCGCCACCAUGGAUUUCUGCUUCAGUCAUCUGGGCAUGAGGAGUUUUACUGUGUGCUACUGAGGAGAGCUGGAAAGGAGAAUGGUGUCAUCACCUGAGGGGAAACAAAAAUCAGAAAGAAACGAGGAGGGGAAAUUUUGGUGCUUAUUUUUAGACUGUGUGGAAACUAAAAAAUGGAGACUGUAAGUAGAAGCAGCUUCCAGCCUCAUCCAGGACUGCAGAAGACCUUGGAACAGUUUCAUCUGAGCUCUAUGAGCUCCCUGGGUGGCCCUGCUGCUUUCUCAGCACGAUGGGCACAGGAGAUGUACAAGAAAGACAAUGGCAAAGACCCAGCAGAACCUGUACUGCAUCUGCCCCCUAUCCAGCCUCCGCCGGUAAUGCCUGGUCCCUUCUUCAUGCCCUCGGACAGAUCCACAGAGAGGUGCGAGACCAUCCUGGAAGGGGAAACCAUCUCCUGCUUCGUGGUGGGUGGAGAAAAGCGGCUUUGCUUGCCCCAGAUCCUGAACUCGGUGCUCAGGGACUUCUCCCUGCAGCAGAUUAAUUCGGUGUGUGAUGAGCUACAUAUUUACUGCUCCAGGUGCACUGCUGACCAGCUGGAAAUCCUCAAAGUCAUGGGCAUCCUGCCCUUUUCCGCUCCUUCCUGCGGGCUCAUCACUAAAACUGAUGCUGAGAGGCUUUGUAACGCCUUGCUUUACGGUGGCACCUAUCCUCCCCACUGCAAGAAGGAAUUCUCUAGCACAAUUGAGCUGGAGCUUACAGAGAAGAGCUUCAAGGUGUAUCAUGAGUGCUUUGGGAAGUGUAAGGGACUCUUGGUGCCAGAGCUUUACAGUAACCCCAGCGCAGCGUGCAUCCAGUGCUUGGACUGCAGGCUUAUGUACCCACCUCACAAAUUUGUGGUCCACUCUCACAAAUCGCUGGAAAACAGGACUUGCCACUGGGGCUUUGACUCUGCAAACUGGAGAUCCUAUAUCCUCCUCAGCCAGGAUUACACUGGGAAAGAGGAGAAAGCUAGACUGGGCCAGCUCUUAGAUGAAAUGAAAGAAAAAUUUGACUAUAACAACAAAUACAAGAGGAAAGCCCCCAGGGUCCCUUCAGAUCCUCCUGCUUCCAAAAAGCCCAAAAUAGAUGACUCUGCUUCCCAAUCUCCAGCUUCUACUGAGAAGGAAAAACAGUCCAGUUGGUUACGGUCCUUAUCCAGUUCAUCUAACAAGAGUAUUGGCUGUGUCCAUCCCCGUCAGCGUCUCUCCGCUUUCCGGCCCUGGUCCCCUGCUGUAUCAGCAAAUGAGAAAGAGCUCUCAACCCAUCUUCCUGCAUUGAUCCGAGACAGUUUUUACUCCUACAAAAGCUUUGAGAAUGCUGUGGCCCCCAAUGUGGCACUUGCACCUCCAGCCCAACAGAAAAUUGUGAGCAACCCCCCCUGCGCCACAGUAGUAUCACGGAGCAGUGAGCCGCUGAGCAGCACUGUCCAGCCGCGGAAAAGAAAACUGGCUGCAGAGAACACAGCUAUCCCAGAAGCAGCAGCCACUGUUGCGGCCACUGUUACUGCCACUGAAGAGGAUAAGGAAUCAGAAGCAGAAAUUGAAGUGGAAACCAGGGAAGAAUUCACCUCCUCCUUAUCCUCGCUCUCCUCCCCAUCCUUUACUUCAUCCAGCUCUGCAAAGGACAUGAGCUCACCUGGGAUGCAGGCCCCAGUCACAGUCAACAGUUCGUACGAGGUUGUGCCACAUUCUGACUCUCACAGCAGUGGGUUGGAAGCUGAGCUGGAGCACCUACGGCAGGCCCUGGACAGUGGCCUAGAUACAAAAGAAGCCAAAGAAAAAUUCCUCCAUGAAGUUGUUAAAAUGAGAGUGAAGCAGGAAGAGAAGCUAAAUGCUGCCUUGCAAGCCAAACGCAGUCUACACCAGGAGCUGGAGUUCCUACGAGUGGCUAAGAAAGAGAAACUGAGAGAAGCAACAGAGGCGAAGCGCAACUUAAGGAAAGAGAUAGAACGUCUGAGAGCUGAGAAUGAGAAGAAAAUGAAGGAAGCCAAUGAGUCUCGGAUACGACUGAAGAGGGAACUGGAACAAGCCAGGCAGAUCCGGGUGUGCGACAAGGGCUGUGAGGCAGGCAGGCUCCGGGCCAAGUACUCAGCCCAGAUUGAGGACCUACAGGUUAAGCUUCAGCAUGCAGAGGCUGACAGGGAGCAGCUCCGAGCUGACCUGAUGCAUGAAAGGGAGGCUCGGGAACACUUGGAAAAAGUAGUCAAGGAACUUCAGGAACAACUGUGGCCUAAAUCAAGCAGUCAACCCAGCAGUGAAAACACAACGAGCAACAUGGAGAACUAAACAACCACCACAUCAUCUAAUACACCUACAGAAUGACAUAUAUGCACAGUAAGGGAGGAUGCGUGGGGUACGUGUGUAAGUGCAUGUGUGAGUAGUUGUGUCUUGGCACACAGAUCCGUGAAUAUGGAUUCUUACUAGGUGGAAGGCCAAUGUUACUCUUUAUAACAGAAGCACUGAAUUACGCCUCUUUUUUUUUUCCAACCCAUAUAGCACAACAUCUUACUGUGCCUAUAAAACACAAAGUGUUUAUAAACAAAAUACUUUUAAGUCCACAGCAAAUUUUCUACUGGCAAACUCCAAGCAAGCAGCAUCGUCCAACUAAAAUCAGAGUAAAAGGCAAGCAUGGCAGUGUUUUUAUGUUGCCCUUCUGCCUGUUGGAACAUUUUGGAAUUUAAAAACAAACUUUUCUUAUAAGCUAUUUAAAAUAAUUCAUUACACAGACUUGGUAUUAAAAAAUUAACAAGAUUUUUAUAAUGAACCUGUAAAAGCAAAACAAAAAAAAAACCUUCAAUGCACAAUUUUUAAUGACUUGUUACAGGCUUUGGGAUUCUUAAUGUAGAAGCCCUCUGGUGAUGAUGCCAUUUCAUUAGCAGUUUUCCAGCCAUCUAGGAAGCCGUCACAGUUUUAAUCCUGUCACGUGGUUGUAUGAGAAUUUCAGAGUGCUUUUCAAAGUUGAUUUUUUCCUUAGAAAGAAUUAUCUUCAUUUCCUGUCCUGAACACAAGAAGAAAGGAAGAUGCAGGAUUGUUGGGGGGGGGGGGGGGAUGAUGAGAAGAUGUAUGCUUUAGAAUUCCAAACCCAGCCUUACAGACUUCAGUGUUUGCAAAUCAUGCCAUCUUUUUCUAAAAACAUCUUCAUUAACUGAUGUGUUCAAAAGACUCACUUCAUCCAAGAGCACUUCAGCUUUAGGAAAAGAAAGAAGGAAAUAAAGGAAGGAAAUGGAUGAUCGGUUGAGAAAUAAAGCAGAAGACACAUGCAUUUUGAAGUCAUUCUGAAAUCUUUAAUUCAGCUUUCAGUUUUCUGGAAAACUCGUCUUUGUUGCACCAUCUUACCAUAAAUUCAGUAUUUACCUGCUUUUAUUAUGAACCAUCAGUCAGGAUUUCUGUGCCCAAGGAGAGUGCAACAUCGCAUUAUCGGAUACUAUAGAAAAGAAAAACAUUUUUGCUGCUGUGAAUAAGCCUACAUCUUUUUAAAAAAAAACAAAACAAAACAAAAACAAAAAAGUUUUGUUUUUAAAAAGAGCAAUUACUUUAAUUUUGGGAUCCAAGCCGCAGCCCCGGAAUAAAAAUGCAGCACGCCAUCACUUUGUCUUAUUGGUGGUGGUGGUGAAUUUUUUUAACUUUUUUUUUUAACCUGCACUUUGUCACAAUCUUACUCUGCAUUUUAUUCCACGUUUCUAAAGUUUACAAGUCAAGCAUUCUAGAUUCUACCCUGCCUAACAGAUGUGAAAAUCAUCAACCCCAUUUUCCACCAUGUGACACCUUGCCUCAUCAUUUACAUGUACGCAGUGAGGAUUCAGCAGAUAUCGAAUGCUGCCAAAUACGAAUUCACCCAGACCAGUGCGCUGCUGGUUGAGUUUUAAACCUGUUUUGAGUGACUUUGUAUCUAACAGCAGCUGGGAAGCAGUCGAGAUGCUCCCGGAAGUGCUUAAAGAGAGCUGGUGCUUUACUGAAAAGUUAUUUUCACCCGUAAACACUCACCUCUUACACACUCAAGCGUAUCGGCAUAAAGUGAAAAUUUGAUCUGGGGCUGCAGAUGUGCCUUCCAGCUCAUUUUUCCCUCUCAGCAUCUUACACAGGCAAUGCUGACUCUUUUUUUACCUUAAAGAAUAAAAAAAAAAAAAAACAAACACAAACCCCCUAUGCAUCAUCAUACACAGAAGUUAUUCUAAACAAAGAAACAUAUUUCCAGUAAUCUUUAUUUGCUUUUGGACAUUAAUACAAACUAUUUAAUCUUAAAAAUUAUUUCCCAGUAGACAGAAAGCGGCUUCCAAUCCUAAAAUUAUAGUAUUUACUUACAUUAGAGAGAUUUUUUAAUUUUUUUUUUUUUUAAACAAGAGCUGUUUGCUUGAAACCAUUAUGAUAACCAUUAUAAUAACUGUGAGCAUUAACAAAGAAGUUCAUAUAUAUGUUUUAGGUACAAAAAGAAGAAAUAUGAAAGGAGUAAAAUUACUGGGACAAUGUAAAACUGUUGGGAGCAAGAAAGAGUUAUACCAAGUAAAUUACAUGAAACUGUCCGUUUAUACAGGGGUUUGCCCUUGUGUGUUUGGGAUGCUGGAGACUGAGUCUAGAUGCAGAUCUCCUCUUCUAAAGUGCAAUGCAAAAGGAAUUUUGAUUAUGCUUAAGCAGGUUUUUUUAAUGUGGGGUUUUUUUUUUCUUCUUUGUAUGUUUUUUUCUGCGAUUAUUAAAUCAUAUGCAUGGAAUUAAAAUCUCUGCCAUACGUAUAUUCAUUAAUGGGCAUUAUUACUGUCUUAUGUAAAGGGUUUAUUUUGUUAUGCAGUAUGCAUAAAAAUGUUCUCAGCCUUAUGAUUUCCAGAUCUGUAUUAUUCACUUAUUUCUUCAAGGGAAACUAAAUAAUUUUAGCUUUAGUUAAUCAUUGUGCAUUUCAAAAGCCUCAUAUGCUAUGCUUUACUGCCAUGUUAAGAAAUUACACAUAGAACAAAUGUAUUCCCACCCCCACUGCCAGCUUCUUUGAAGCCUUACGUCUUAAGUUUUGUUUGUUUGGGUUUUUUCCCCUGAGCUUUGAUUGCGUGUCACCCCUUAUGACUCAACACAAAAUGGCAACAUGUCCUUCUCUGUGUUUUUCAUAGGAAAAGCAGCCCACUUACAUGCAGCACCUGACAUAGUUUUUCUUUCUUGUGCGUCUAGGGGAGCAUGCUGAUUCACUGGCACAAUUUCUGCUGUGCGUAUGAUGCUUUUAUCCUCCAAAAUUAAUGAAAUCUGCAUUUUUUCAAAGGAAAAAAACAGAACAGUAAAUAGGCUUAUCAAUAGUAAAUAGUCUUGUCAAACAAGCAGCAUCACCUGUGCUUCACAUCCAACAGGGAUAAGAUUUGCAAGAAAGAAGUCCCCCAAAUAAAGUCACAACUAUUGUUACAAAACCAUGGUUUCUUCUAUUGCCAUGCAUGAUGGUAAGUCGUUGAAGUGUAAUAUAUGACAAAUGAACUUCACAUUGUUUGAGGUUAAGACUCAACAGUAUUUGAUCCUUGGGAGUGAAAACUUCCUAGUAAAAACACUUCUAUAACUUACGAUUUAAAAUCAGUAAGAUGAAAUAAGGUGCAAGACGACUGAGAACAAACAUUCUACACCAGCAGUUAAUCAAUAGGACAGGUUUACAGCAUAGGAGUCUAUCUUAAAUAAUUUUGCCUUUCCUAAAUACAUUUUAAACAACAAAGUCUUUAUUUCUGCAGAAUAUACAAUUUAAUUCAGAAUUCCUGUGCAUGUAAUUUAUUUUAAAAUUGUCAGAAGAUGGCCACAGAGACACUAAUCCUAGAAAAGGGCUGUCAAAACAGUGGGAGUCUUCAGAGGGGGAAAAAAAAAAAAAAAAAAUUCGUGAAGGUGCUUAAGGUGAGGGAGUUCUGUGUGUAAUUUCUCUGUCUGCAGCACUUCAGGAAAACAACUGUUAGCCCGUUCAGAUGGAACCGCUUUCCUUUUGACUUACUGUGGAGUCCCUGCUGCAUUCCAUUUGCACUCCAGCCUGUGAGUGUAGGAAUUGUGAAGUCACAUCUUCUCAUUUCAUCUGCUCUUUAGUUUCCUUUAAGAAGUUAAAAGGGAGAAGAGGUGUUUCAUACAGGCUGUUGACUCUCCCUGUACUUAAAAAUAUAUUACUUAAUACUUGUGUAUUCAGUUUAAUUACUCAUUGUUUCUAUUACUGAAAGAAGACUUAACGAAGGGAAAAAAAACCAACAGCAAUAACAUUCAUAUCUAUGGAGCAGCUAACUAGUAUACAUAAUAUUCUGCUUUUCAAACAGAACUAGCCAAUGUAAAAAAAAAAAAGUUAAAAGUAAAUUCAACAUGUAAAUACUUUUUUUCAUUUUACACUGUUGUAUUAUAAGUGUAUAUGGUGUUUACUUUUUCAAAACUCUUUCUUACCUGGUAGUUGUCUUGUUUUAUGAGUUGUGUUUUUAACUAAGAAGAACCUUUGCUGUCUGUUAGGAAAAACAAAACAAAAUCUUUUUGCAAGUUUUAAAUGUGGGUUAACCUUUCUCCAUCAUUUGCAUUUUAUUUGUCCUUAUUUUCACUGUAAAGUAUUUUAUUACCAAAAGAUUGAUUUUCUUUCCAUUCUGCCCCCUCAUCAGUCCAUGUGUUUUUGAGAGAAGUUUUUUGUUGGUUUGGUUGUUGUUUUGUUUUUGGUUUUUUGGGGGGUUUUUUUGUUGUUUUUUUUUUUUUUUUUUAAUCAAAAGAACUCACAGAAAUGACAUUUUUUCAAUUGAAGAAAAAUAAAUCUUUACAUUUAUAAUAGCCAAUAGCAUUUCAGCACAUUUUUGUUAUCCUGGUCUCUCCUAUGCUGCUGCUAAUGACAAUAUUAUGACUUACUCUACUAUUCUAGAACUAUUUUUAUGUAAGUAAUGUAUGCUUUCUUGUUUAUAAAUGCCUGAUUUAAAAAAAAAUAAGAAAAAAGCUUGGCAUAUUUAUCUAUUUCGCUGUGUACCUUGAUAGUCCUUUUCCACCCCCUUUUCCACAUCCCCUCCCCUUGAAGCAGAUAAUAUUGUAAAAUAAAGGACUUUAUGAGAUUAUGUAUGAAAAUAGCUAUGCUUAUAUACCACAGUGACUGAAUGUACAGUGUAUAGACGCAUUACCUAAAAUAAAAUUGUUUGUCCAGAAAAAAACAAA